GACUCAUCCGCAAUCGCAGAGCAAACACAAGAGCUACACUGAAGAGUGCACAGACGCUCAACUUCGCAACCUAAAUUCUCACCAGCCUUCAUUAAACAGGCAAAAAAUGUCUCUGGUUCCCCUGAUUUUCGACGACAUCAUCAGACCCAUCAGCCUGUUCGACCAGAACUUUGGGCUUGGUUUGCUGAACGACGACCUUCCUCCAAUGCUGCCCUACGGAGCAUACAUGCGGCCUUGGAGACACCUUGCCAGGUCGCAGAGCGGCGUCUCUAGCGUGUCCAACGACAGCUCGAAAUUCCAGGUCAACCUGGACGUUCAGCAGUUCAAGCCGGAGGAAAUCUCGGUCAAGAUCGUGGACAACGCCGUGGUCAUCGAGGGCAAGCACGAGGAGAAGCAGGACCAGCACGGCUUCAUCUCCAGACAGUUUGUGCGCAAGUACGUCUUGCCCGAAGGGGUCGACAAGGAGAAGGUCGAGUGCAAACUGUCCUCCGACGGGGUGCUCAUCAUCUCUGCACCCAAGCUGGCUCUUCCUGACGCCAAGGAGCAGUCGAUCCAUAUCAUGCAAACAAACCAGCCCGCAGUGCAGAGCAAGCAGUCUGAAGACAAGAAGGCAUCUCAUUUGUAAUUAAAAAAAGCAGUCAUUUUUUUUUGCAAUAUAAUUGCAAAAUAAUUCUCUUUAUUUAAAUCUAUGUAAUGUAAAACAUUUUAACAUUUUAAAAUAGUUUAUUUGUUCUCACAACUGACUGAAUACUAAUUAUUAAUUUAAUGUAAUGGUAUGAUUGGGUACAAGUGUACAAAUAAAAGUUUAGAAUCCUCACCCUUCA